AUGAGAAAGUCUGGCUUCACUUAUUCUAAGAAAUGGAGGGGUCAGAUUUUGAUUUCAGUUACAGUAUGUAAACCCAAGAGAAAAUCCAUUAUCGCAGUAAUUUCCGUCGCAGCAUUCCUCCUCCUCAUUGUUCAUCUUACAAAUGAAGUAAACUUCCCUUUGAUUCUAAACUGGUUUGGACAAACUGGUGUGAAACGGAUGCCAUUUUCCCACAUACAAAGGCGACCUCUCAGAACUCACUAUGGAUAUAUAAAUGUAAAAACACAAGAGCCUCUCCAGCUUGACUGUGACCUCUGUGCCAUUGUUUCAAACUCAGGUCAGAUGGCUGGCCAGAAAGUGGGAAUUGAGAUUGACCAGUCCUCCUGUGUAUGGAGAAUGAACAAUGCUCCUACCAAGGGUUAUGAGGAAGAUGUUGGGAAGAAGACCACCAUACGAGUAGUUUCUCACACCAGUGUUCCCCUUUUGCUCAAGAAUCCCGAGUAUUUUUUCAAGGAAGCCAACAGCACAAUUUAUGUCAUCUGGGGGCCAUUUCGAAACAUGAGGAAAGAUGGCAAUGGCAUCGUGUACAACAUGCUGAAGAAAACUGUGGACAGCUACCCUGAAGCUAAAAUUUAUGUGACAACAGAAAAGCGCAUGAGUUACUGUGAUGGAGUAUUUAAGGAGGAGACAGGAAAAGAUCGGGUCCAGUCAGGUUCAUAUCUCAGCACUGGUUGGUUUACCUUGAUUCUGGCUAUGGACGCUUGCUAUGGAAUUCAUGUGUAUGGGAUGAUAAAUGACACCUACUGCAAAUCAGAAGCCUUUCGAAAGGUCCCUUACCAUUAUUAUGAGCCAGGAAGAGAUGAAUGUGAUGAAUACUUUCUGCAUGAAAAUGCUCCCUAUGGAGGUCAUAGGUUUAUCACAGAAAAGAAAGUAUUUGCUAAAUGGACCAAGAAGCAUAUGAUAAUAUUUACACAUCCCAACUGGACACUCUCUUGAUGUUGGUUAUUCUUUAGUAGCAUAAUAUUACAAAAAAAUGCCUCUGUUUACAAUGAUCUGACUUACAUUUGAUGGACUUUCUCACUCUAGAUAAACUAAACUAAAACUGGAUGAUAGAGAAGUUGAUGGUUCAGCUGUUAAGCAAAACUUACCAAUUUGUGGAAGGGAGAUGAAUUGCUUGUUUUAUCACUAAGGGUUAUAUACCACAUAAUGCACUUUACAUUUUGACCACAUUUUAAUUAAUUCAAGACAGCAGCAGUUUCCAGAUAACCAUGAUUCCCUGUUAUAUACAUACCUACAGAGCAAUGGUCCUUAAAAGAUGUCCAGUUGCCUUAGGUAAUUAAAAUGCCUAUUUGCAUUUAGUUUACCUCUAGAUUUACAUGACUAAAGAGAACUUCCUAUAGGCAAAUACAAGGGAAGACAGUAGAUUUGGAGGUAACUAUCUAUUUGUCUUUCAUGCAAACUGAAUACAUUUUAAGGACCACCAGUGUGGCAGUAUGUGUACACUUGCACAUGCAUCCACACUCUCUGGGUGUGCUACAAUUAGAGAUGGGCUAAAUAAUGAUUCUGAAACUCUCAGUAACUCCCAUGCACAAAGAUAUUCAUAGGACAAAAGCUCACAAAUAACACACAAGUUCUGAUUACCAACUUACUCCAUCAUCUUGAAUGACAUAAUUCAUUGAAACACCGUCUCAAAUUGUAGUAUUUUUGGAGGAUGUCUCCCCAGCAUCCACCAAUGGUACUUCACCUUUUGGGACAUCACCCUAAAUUAUAACUGCUUUUUGAAGUAAUAGCUCUACAAAUGGUGUAAAAGCACGAGGGUGAGGAGAGUUCUAGGGAUGAGGACAGGAUAUGGAGUUCAUAACUCCUGAAUUGUGAUCGUAGUUUUGAACAAUUUGUUUCACCUUUCCACCUCAGUUUUUUCACCUUUAAAAUGAGGAUAAUAUUGAUCUACCUCACAAAGAUAUUGUGAGGAUGAAUUCAUGGCCAUAAAGUGUUUUGAACAUGAAAAAUUAUACAUAAAAAGUUAUGAUGACAACACCAGUGGUACUUGGCAUACAUUCUUGUAUGCUGGCUUUUUAAGGGAAAGUGGCAGCCAUGUAAGGGUCUAAACCUGCAAGAUGAUGUGCACCUCCUUUUAUACUCUGUGUUCUUCCUAAUACUGAAGUAGUCCCUCAGCUUACAGUUAGAGCUGAGGGUUCUCUGAGCAUCCCAGGAUUAUUGCAUCAAUUUUGCAGUUCUUGAGUUUUUAUACUAGCCCAUCUCUAAUGGAAAUACACUGUUCAAAGUUAAUCAUCAUGUAUUUCAACUGCAGCAGAACCAUUUUUAAUCUGAAAAUAAUUCAACUAAAUGUGACCCUUUUUACUGUAUUUAAAUAGAUGUUGAAGUCUCUUUCCAUUUGAAACAUUUCCUAAGAACAUUUUCGCACCUGGAAUGUCAGCUUCCACACUGUAAUAACCAAUACUGUGAAAGAAGUGUGUGUGGUAUUUUGCACACAGGGAGUACUCACACUAUUAAACAGGAAACUUUGAAUACUUUUGUAAAUCAUGAAAAGGGGAAAGGAAACCCUAUUUUUACAUGUUUGCAAUGUUGUUGUAGCUGUGCUGGUCCCAGGAUAUGAGAGAGACAAUUACCUCACCUACCUUGUCUCUCUAUUUUUUUCAUGUAAGUAUUUGUAUACUGACUGAAUUGCCUAAUGUAUAUUUCUAUAUAUGUAAAUCUAUAUUUGAUAUGUCUAGAGCAUAUAUAUUCUUUUUCAUCAUCAUUAAGUGCCAGCCUUCUAUAAUGAAGAGGAGACACCAUUCCCCUUUGUUGUUGAGAGUGAUGUCAGAGUUUUAUCUCCAUUUCCCUUGUACUAUGCCUCUGGAUUUUUCCAUUACAGCAUCUUCCUGAUGGUUUUUAAAAUAUAUGAGCUUUCUCCGCCUAUUACCUAUUGCGUGCCAUACCCGUACAUGAUUCGUGGCAGGCAUUACCUUGAUGGGCUUGUGGUUAAGGUACUGGACUAAGCCUCGGGUGGUAUAAAGUCAGUGUCUGGCUUUGUCACAAUCUUCCUGUGUGGCCUCAGGCAAGUCAUUUGAUCUCUCUCUGCCUCCGUUUCCCUUUUGAAAAAUGAGGAUUAUCACAUUUCCUCAUCCCUUCCUUUGUCCAUCCUUUUGUUUGAUUGCAAGCUUGUUAAGUCAGAUACUGUCGUGUACCAUGUGUCUGUCCAGUGCCUUGCCCAGUGCAGCCCCAAUCUCAGUUACAAUUAUAAAAA